AUGACGACAAAUGGUGCUCUCCCACAGACACUCAAGUCUAUCACUGCCACGAAAAUCAAUGAACUCUCCAAGCAACGCGCCUUAUUUGAUCGGCGCAAAGCCAGAAUCCUUGAAGUUGCCAACGAAGCCCCAGAUCUACGCACCCGUGCUCAGGCCUUGCUGUAUGGACUCACACGCCUGAAAGGAUACCCCAAGGAUUUGCUUGACGAACAUGACCUGGAUCUAGAUGCCGAUCCCUCACCUGAGGAAUCGGAAGAUAAAGUCAUUAUUUGGCGAGUAGGUCGUUUGCAGCCGGGAGAUCAUACGAGCAUACAUCGCUUUCUUCUCCAAAGUCGCUACGAUCCUUCCAUCUCCCCGGCAGCUAUACAGGAUCGUGUCGAUCAACUUGAAAAGGAGUUGCAAUACCUCGAGAAAAAGCAUGAGCACAGUGCAUUUUACAGCAAUUUGGUUACUGAGUGGCUGUCGGACUUGGAUGGAAGCAUCAUUUCCAAAUCCACGAGCUCGGGCUCGAGCUCCGACAACAUUGCGCGGGCGGAAAUGCCUGAGCAACGCGCGACUUGGGAGUCCUUGACUUUUACUGCUGCGACACAUGUCAAUGAAGAUGCAAUUCGGUCCUAUCUUGAUGAUCUUUUCACACAAACCAACCUUUCUCGACAGGCACUCAUGGAUCUCCGAGCAAGUAUCCAGUCGUUUGGGACAGAAUUAUCCUCAAAGAAUAACUGGUUCAAUGUAGAGGAACUCAAGUGGGUCUCUCGCGCACUUCUCAAGUCCGACCUUCUUAGCGAUGAGAAGACAUCCAUUCUGAAAGAGUUCAUGCGGAACAACGAGGUUGCCCAGGAAGUGGCAGAUGUGCUCAACAUGCGCAUUUCCUCGCUUGACAGCUGGACCUGGAGCGGAGCCGCAGAUGGUGUUUCUGUUGAGAUGCGCCGCCAGCUGAAUGGUAAAUAUCGAUUUUUCAUGGACGAAGACCUUCUUGAUGCCCUUCUGCUACAGUACCUCGGGACAAAGUGGGCUGUGAAGCUGCGAACUGUAUUUGAGACAUUCCUACACUCGAACGCCUGGAAGCCCUUAAAUGAGGAUAUCCCAGACGAUCACAAGGAGAUGCGAAAGUACUUCCUUGGUCGAGACGCCAACUUGGGUGCUGUCAAUCUCAACGAGAUUCGAAGGAUGACAUACGCCGACCAAUAUUUCAUGAGCCAACUACCCACAUCAACCGCCGAAGGCGCUCGGGAGUAUGAUGACACCACGAAUUCCAGUCCAGAAAACCCCAUGGAUAAAAAGCACUCCCUUUUGCACCUUCUGAUCACAGAAUCCAUCAUCCAUAAGCGUCAGCGCGGGGACUUUACUGCAAUCCGAUCGGACUUUGAGUGGUUUGGCCCUUCAAUUCCCCAUGCCACCAUGCUCACCGUGCUGGAGUUCUUUGGGGUCUCUGAGCUGUGGAUCAAGUUCUUUGUUGUGUUCCUAGAGGCCCCGCUGAAGUUUGCCCAAGAUGGAGCCGAGGGCUCUGUUCAAAUCCGCAAGCGUGGCGUUCCAAUGAGUCAUACACUGAGUGAUUGCUUCGGAGAAUCUGUUCUCUUUUGUAUGGACUACGCAGUCAAUCAAGCUACAGACGGUGCCUUUCUGUACCGGCUCCAUGAUGACUUCUGGUUCUGGGGGGCAGAGAAUACUUGCGUCAAGGCAUGGGGGGCAAUGGACCAGUUCACUCAGGUGAUGGGGUUGAAGUUCAAUCAGGAGAAGACGGGAACUGUGCAGAUGGGCCUGAAUAAAACUCCAAAAGAUUCAGCUCUUCCCACCGGUGAUAUCCGCUGGGGCUUCCUGGUUUUGGAUGCGGAGAAAGAGAGAUUUAUAAUCGAUCAAACCCAGGUCGACCAGCACAUCGAAGAGCUUUUACGACAGCUUUCGGCCUGCAAAAGUGUGUUCGCUUGGGUCCAGGCAUGGAACAGCUACUUCGGCCGCUUCUUUACCAACAACUUUGCAAAGCCAGCCACUUGCUUUGGUCGGGACCAUAUCGACAUGGCCAUUUCCACCCUGAGCCGCAUCGAGCGCACACUCUUCAACAAAAUCUCAGAUGAUAAAAGCUCGUCGAAUCAAAUCAGUGGUGUCACUGACUAUCUACGCACUGUGAUCGCAGAUCGGUUCGAUAUCCAUGAUCUUCCAGAUGGAUUCUUCUAUUAUCCUGUUGAACUCGGCGGCCUGGGUCUUCUCAAUCCCUUCGUCCGACUUCUCGCCAUGCGUGAGAAUAUGAAACAAACUCCCCAGAAGCUAUUCCACAAGGCCUCGCUGAUGGAGGAGAAGGAAUACGAGGGGGACAAAGAAGAGUUCAAAAGGAACGGUGCUGAUGUUAGCAUCCCAUUUUCGAGCAAAUGGGGGGUCGAAUCCACGUCAUUCAUGUCCCUGGAAGACUACACCCGGUAUCCAGAAACAUUUAGCUCCUCUUUUGUGCGCGUGUACAGGCAACUAGCCGAGGUUCCGGAUGAGAUGAGUGUUGAUCCGACUUGGAGCUUGGUAAGGGAGCAAAAGUGCCUUGAUCAAAGGUCCUCUGAAGGUUCUAUAAAUGCUUUCUGGAAUACAAUGACGCCCUAUUGGAAAUGGGUGGCGGAGUUUUACCACGAAGGGAUGGUCCGUACUUACGGUAGCCUGGAUGCCGUGAAUCGCCAGUCUAUGCCCCUGGGUGUCGUGAAGACACUACGCGAGGGUAAAUUCAGAUGGCAGGGUUAA